AAGAAAAAUUUAACACUUACUAAGAUCCUACUGUAUGCCUGCCACAGUGAUUCUGUGGAUUUUAAUCUUUGUCAGACUUUGGAGAGAAGUAAAUUCUACUUAGAAAGGUGAUCAAGGAGCAACUCAAAGUAUUUCUCUCUCCCAGUUAGGAAAUGUCCUUUGGAGAGGCAAGCCAUCUUCACACUUCAAUGCAAUCAGUUCCUUACUCAAAGUUGCUGGGUUUUCUUGGAAGUGGAAGAAGGCAGGCUGAGUUAGAAACUUUAUGAGGAAGGUGUGGAAGGAAGAGGAAAAGGAGGGCGAGAAACCACAAAACAAUGCCUCUAAUUUGCACUAGAGCUUUGGAAGGGAUUUUUGUGUCCCCUGAGAAUCUCUGAGGAAGAUAAUUGAGGCAUCAGUAUCAAGACUUGUGCCACAAUCAGAUUCCUCCCUUUCAUCCUGGUCUCACCAGUUCCGGGUGGUAAGAUUCCCUUUCAGUGCCAUAUACAAGAUAAGAAAGAGAAUGAGACGAUAUGUGGGUAGGACUACUCUGUUCACCUCCUCUGUUCUUUUUUUUUUUUUAAGAUUUUAUUUGAGAGAGCAAGAGAUCGAGCUCAUGAGCAUGAGCGGAGGGGGAGGGGAAAAGGGAGCGGUAGACGCAGAGCGUGGAGCCUGUUGGAGCUCAAUCCCAGGACGCUAGAGAUUAUGACCUGAGUUGAAGUCAGAUGCUUAACCCACUGAGCCACCCAGGCACCCCUCUCCAUCUCAUCUUAACUCUCAGGGAAACUCUGGUGGGCUUUUUAUAUUCACUAAUUGUAAGAGGCAAUCCUCACUUCUCAACCCCCGACCACCAUAAAAAUGCUAAGUGACUUAAGGAUUUUCUUUAAAAUCAAUUUUGUAGCCAUCCAGUCGGGUUGGUCCUAGUAAAUCAGAUUUUCUCCACUUCCAAUAUCCUCAGCUCAACUUAGGCAAUGAAGAUCCCGCUCUAAAUUUUUGCGACCCAACCCCCAACCUUAACAUUUCACAGGCUACAGAGCUGCGUAAAGCGGAGGCUGCCAAUUUCGGAUUCUGGGAUUUCCAGGACAUCAGGGCAAACAACUGAGAGGUCCACCCAGGGGUGAAUUCCACAGAUAGUUUCUUCUCUCUCUGGGGUCAGUGCUUUAACAUCUGGGUAGUCAGAUCGUGCAGACACGGUAACUAAGCGCAGAAAACAGCUGGGCACGUUGCUCUGAGCCCAGACCAACCGUGACCAGUAGUUCUUUGAAACCGUUUCUGGAAAUACCAAACUCCAACAGGCGUGCAGUGUUUGAGUGCUGAAUAAAGCAAGCUGAAUUUAGAACUUUGGGGCCAAGUCUGCACUUUUGAGAAUUCCUUUUACUUUUGGUUAAGUUUUUUAAAAUUGGUUUUACCCGGGGUAGAGGUGUACAGUGGCAACGUCACGCAGUUGGAAAAAUAAUUGCACUCACAUAUACUCCCCAGAUUCUGCACAAACAGGUUUGGAAGAGAAAACUUAGGAAGUCCAAGUUCAGCAUUAAAAUAAAUGACUCGCCACCAAAGAUUACCAGCCCUUCCCUCUCGGUUUACUCCGGACACACCUCGCGCUUAGCGCGCCUGCGCCCGCGCAAACUACAACCCCGCCUCCUCCUUGGGGACGUAAAACGUGCGCCGAGAGGCGGGACGCGGGCUGCGCAUGCGCCCUCAUUCCAUCAGCCGCUGGGUUUGUGCUGGCGGCUGGUACGUCGGAGAAGAUUGUGUUUGCUGCAUUGUCCCUCCCAGGGGUCUGGCGUGGUGUGCCGGGAGACUAAGAAAAGAAGGGUUAGAGUAAGUGUUCCCCUUGGCUGCUUGAGUCGGAGCUAGAGUAUUUCCUUCCUGCCAGGCAAGUGCCCAUAGGGACCGGACCCCGCCCCCUUCCCGGCCUAGACUCCCUUUCCCCUCCCUGUCCCUUUCCCACUGGGGAUCUUUUCGUUUCCUCUUGUUCUCCCUGCGAACCCCCGCCGAGGUCAUGAAGCUCGUGAGAAAGGACAUUGAGAAAGACAAUGCGGGCCAGGUGACUCUAGUCCCCGAAGAACCUGAGGAUAUGUGGCACACCUACAAUCUAGUGCAGGUGGGCGACAGCUUGCGUGCCUCCACCAUCCGCAAGGUACAGACCGAGUCCUCCACGGGCAGCGUAGGAAGCAACCGAGUCCGCACUACUCUCACGCUCUGCGUGGAGGCCAUCGAUUUUGACUCUCAAGCCUGCCAGCUGCGGGUUAAGGGGACCAACAUCCAAGAGAAUGAGUAUGUCAAGAUGGGGGCUUACCACACCAUUGAGCUGGAGCCCAAUCGCCAGUUCACUUUGGCCAAGAAACAGUGGGACAGUGUGGUUCUGGAGCGCAUCGAGCAGGCCUGUGACCCAGCCUGGAGUGCAGAUGUGGCGGCUGUGGUGAUGCAGGAAGGCCUCGCCCAUAUCUGCUUAGUCACUCCCAGCAUGACCCUCACUCGGGCCAAGGUGGAGGUGAACAUCCCUAGAAAACGGAAAGGCAACUGUUCUCAACAUGACCGGGCUUUGGAGCGGUUCUAUGAACAGGUGGUCCAGGCUAUCCAGCGCCACAUAAACUUUGAUGUUGUGAAGUGCAUCCUGGUGGCCAGCCCAGGAUUUGUGAGGGAGCAGUUCUGCGACUACAUGUUUCAGCAAGCAGUGAAGACCGACAACAAAGUGCUCCUGGAAAACCGGUCCAAGUUUCUUCAGGUACAUGCCUCCUCUGGACACAAGUACUCCCUGAAAGAGGCCCUUUGUGACCCUUCUGUAGCUAGCCGCCUUUCAGACACUAAAGCUGCUGGGGAAGUAAAAGCCUUGGAUGACUUCUAUAAAAUGUUACAACAUGAACCUGACCGAGCGUUUUAUGGACUCAAGCAGGUGGAGAAGGCCAAUGAAGCUAUGGCAAUUGACACAUUGCUUAUCAGCGAUGAGCUUUUCAGGCACCAGGAUGUCGCUACGCGAAGCCGGUAUGUGAAGCUGGUGGACAGUGUGAAAGAGAACGCAGGCACGGUUAGGAUAUUCUCUAGUCUUCAUGUAUCAGGGGAACAGCUCAGUCAGUUGACUGGAGUAGCUGCCAUUCUCCGCUUCCCUGUCCCUGAACUCUCUGACCAAGAGGAUGAUUCCAGUUCUGAAGAAGAUUAAUGAUUGAACCUUAUAACUGAUAAAAGCUGUGUCUCCGUUGUUAAAUUUUCUUAGCAUCCUGACAGAAACCUGCAAGGCACCUUGUGAUUCUUACAGGGAUUUCUCAUGUAUUUGGCCACACUAGGUAUUUUGUGAUUGGCAGGACAUGUGUUCAAACUAAAUAAAUUAAAAGGAAAUAAUCA